AACACUACAGAGAACCGACAAAAACAAACUCCCAUUUAGAAAAACGUUACCGGAAUUAAUGGUGUAAGUACCUGAAUCAGUAGCAGUACUGAAUCUCUCUGCAACAUUCAGGUGAGUAUCAUCAGUAAGUAAGUUACAAGAAUUCAACGAUUGACGGCGACGAUGUCUAUACCAAGAAGAUCUUCAGUAGGUUCAUCGACGACGAUGACACCAUUACAGCAAGAGAAGAUUCCAACAGUAUCAGAUUUGAAGCAACGUGUCAUAACAUGUCUAAACAAGUUAUCAGAUAGAGAUACACAUGCAAUCGCAACAAAUGAAUUAGAAUCCAUAGUCAAGAAUCUGAAUGCAGAUUCAUUUCCACCGUUCUUGAAUUGUAUCUACUACACUGAUCCGUCACAGAAAUCACCUGUGAGGAAGCAAUGUGUGAGAUUAUUAGGUUUUGUAUCAGAGAUUCAUGGAGAUUCAUUAUCGCCUUAUGUUUCUAAGAUGAUACACAAUAUUGUGAAAAGAUUGAGGGAUAAGGAUUCGAAUGUUCGUUCUGCUUGUGUUGAUACUGUUACUGUAAUGGCUUCACAGAUCUGUAGACCUCCGUUUUCGGUUUUUAUGAAGCCGUUGAGUGAAGCGAUUUUCUGUGAGCAAGAUUUGAAUUCACAGUCUGGUUCAGCUCUUUGUUUAGCUUCGGCGAUUGAAGCGUCGCCUGAUCCAGAUUUACAGCAGUUGUUGAGGAUUUUGCCGAGAUUGGUGAAAUUACUGAAGACUGAGAGUUUUAAAGCGAAACCUGCAUUGUUGAAUUUGAUUACUAGUAUUGUUAAUGUUGGUGGGAUUUCGAAUCAGAGUUUGUUGGUGAUUUUGGUUCCUUGCUGUGUUGAGUUUUUAAGUCAUGAAGAUUGGGCGAUUCGAAAAGCUUCUGCUGAGACUUUAUGGAGGUUGGCCGUUGUUGAGAGGGAUUUGUUGUCUGAGUUUAAGUCUUCUUGUUUUCCGACUUUUGAGAAUCGGAGAUAUGAUAAGGUGAAAGCGGUGAGGGAUACUAUGAAUUCAAUGAUAGAAGCUUGGAAAGAUGUUCCUGAUGUUUCCGAUGAAGCGUCGCCACCAGCGGAAUCUAAAAGUUCUACUCGAGAGAAUGCAAGUGAUGGGAGGUUCCCACCUGGCUCGAAAAAUUCAGUCAAUCGAUCUUUUGAAUCUCCAGUAGCUAAGAGAAAAUCAAUGCCUGGAAGCAGAGCAAGUCCACCUGAUACUUCAUCCAUGACAACUGCCAGACAAAGGAGUCCGUUGAAGGGUAGUAACUUGAAAUCAAGCCCACCAAUGUUUCGUAAGCUGGAUCGCAAAAAACCCACCAACUGGAAAGUCGAGAUUUCUGUACCUCAUAAUCCACCUUCAAAUGAAAUUUAUGAAGACGAUCUGAAUGGGAAUCAUGGGGAAGUUUCAGGAUAUGGGGAUACUGGGAACGAUAGGUUUCAAAAACAGGAUGUAAGACGUGCUAUUUUCAACAGAAAUGGUGAUGAUAACGUGCACCAACUGGGUGCGGUAAGGUCGGGAUCUCGUGUAGUUCCAUUAGUGCACCAAGAGAGCAUAGGAUCUACUGGUUUAGUAGGCAAUCCUACUGGGCAACUCCAAGACAUCAUCAAAAACAAUGAGGAAAUGUCACUAAUCCGCAAUCAGCUUAUUCAGAUAGAGAAGCAACAGUCAAGUCUCUUAGAUCUUUUACAGAAAUUCAUGGGGAGCUCACAGAAUGGGAUGCAAUCGCUAGAGACGCGUGUACAAGGCUUAGAGCUUGCGCUAGACGAGAUCUCCUAUGACUUGGCUAUAUCGACUGGAAGGAUGUCAAACCCUGAUACGGCAGGAAACACAUGUUGCAGAUUGCCUGGUGCAGAGUUCCUGAGCAACAGGUUUAGGAAGAAAACAGAAGUUCGUUACUCAACUUCAAGGCACUCGUCUUCAGUAGGCACACCAUUGAUUGACUCAAUGCGCAGCAUGGCAGAUAGAGAUCACAGUGCUGAACAAUUGAAUCAAGAGAAUCGAAGGUUCCGGCUCCAGGGUGGUGGUGGUGGUGGGUUUGUUGUUAACCCAUUGGCAAACAUUCGUAGCGAUUCUAGAAGCAAUUCAGAAGUUGGCAUGAACAGAAGGCCCAACUUGUCCCGAACCCAAGUUGGUAACGGAAGCAGGCUUGAUGUGGGUCCACCUAUAACUGUUAUAUCAUCGACCAACACACCCCAAAGAGCAACGGCAUAGUUUAGGAGUGAUAGCGGAUUGGAGUUUUUUUUUAUGCUCAGAUUAGCUGUGAAGCAGACACAGCACCAUGAUAUUAGCCUGUGACAAAAGAAUAGUGAAGCAGAGACGCCCUCCUCAGGGAAUCAAGUGUUCUGGUGUUCUUGAACAAGCAUGGCUUCACAUUUCUUUCUUACUUUCUCUUAAAAUGCUGUUGUGUCUAUAAGAAAAAAGAAAUUGCACUAACUUGUCUAAGCUUACAAUUUACGGGAUUCUGAUCAAAGACUGGACAAGAAUCAAGAUUAAAGCAACAGUGAGUUGGAUACAGUACACAAGCCACUGAAAACACUAGUAGUAUUUGAUUACCUCUGCUUGACAGUCUCGGAAGAUCCCGUUGCCUUCCAAUCAUACAUUUCCUUAGAAUUUAAAGCCAGGAUGAAUCUUUUUUGUACUUCUAGGCUAUUUAAUCGCUAUGACCUGUAGAAAAAGUCGAAUAUUUAGAUGUAUGGUUGCAUGAUCUUUGUGUAUCAGGUGCAAUAUGUUCGUUUUACCAAAUCCAAUUAUGCUUUUGUUUGUAAAUGAAAUGAAACUUUAUUCUGCAGUUUUAUAAGAUUAUUGCCUCCUUCAA